GAAAAUUUGCAAUAAUAAAUAUUCUCUGACCCACUGUCUCCAUCAGUGAACCUCAGAAAGACUUGAAACUGGAGACAAUGGUGUUGAAAUUACAAAGAGUUCUCUCUAAAAAUCCUCUCGUCACAUCUAAAAAAUUUCUUUCUAACCCUCGAAGGACCAUUCAUUGCUCAUCGAUUACGUCGAGUGCAGCUGAGGAACGAAAAGUCAGAGUCAAGGACGUAGAUAUCAAUUAUCUCAGGAGUGGAAAUGGAGAUCAUCCUGUUCUACUCCUUCCUGGAGCUCUUGGUACAAUUUGGACUGAUUUUAAACCCCAAAUCGAGGGCCUGGAUAAGAGCAAACUGACGAUAGUAGCCUGGGAUCCCCCUGGUUAUGGAAAAUCAAAACCCCCAGACAGAAAAUUCCCAGCUGAUUUUUUUCACAAAGACGCUGAUUACGCUCACGAAUUAAUGAAAGUCCUGGGGUACUCCAGGUUUUCCCUCCUAGGAUGGAGCGAUGGAGGCAUCACAUCCCUCAUUCUCGCAGGAAAAAACCCCAAGAGCAUCCGAAAAAUGGUCCUCCUGGGGGCGAAUGCUUACAUACUCCCCCACGAGGUCAAAAUUUACGAGAGUAUUAAGAACAUCGAUACGUGGUCGGAGCGCAUGAAGGCACCACUAAUAGCCAUCUACGGUGAAGAUUACUUCAGACGUACCUGGGGUGCGUGGGUCGAUGCCAUGAUUAAUAUCUUCAAGAAAAAUAACGGAGAUCUCUGCCGAGAUUUUGUGGCGAUGAUCAACUGUCCUACGCUCAUUGUCCAUGGAAAAAAGGACGUUAUGGUUGAUGGGGAACAUCCGGAGUAUUUGAAAACGCACAUUACCGGCUCCCAACUCGAGAUAUUCGAGAAAGGAUCCCACAACCUCCACCUCAGGUACCCCGACGAGUUCAAUCGGCUCGUCACUCAAUUCCUCCUGGAAAAUCCUUGAAGAUUUCAAGUAAUCCUUGAAGAAACUCAAGUAAUUGCAUCUCAAGGCAAAAAAUUUUAUACAGAAAAAUGUCUUUGAGUGUGAUCAAAGGGAAUUUUUUGAUUUAAAAAAUUUAACGAUUAUUGAAAUGAUUGUUCAUUUUUAUGAUUUUAAGUGGAUCAAU